AUGCGCUUGAUGCACCAGUCGCGCCGUCUGGUCCUUCCUAGGUCCAGAAAUUUGGGCUUCUUAUAUGCUGCCUAUUAUCAUGUACGGUUCAUCUCGAAAUCAUCCAAAUGGGUCGACGACUCUUUCUGUCUUCCCGUUGGAGGCAAUGGAGCUGUAUCAUUAAGUGUGACACGGCCUGCGCCAUCAAGUUUGCCCGUCCAGAGCCAAUCGCGCGCUCCAGGGCCAAAUGUUAUUCUCUACCUACCUGCAGGUACCAUGUUUCAAGGACGCGCGGGGGCUGUACAGCGAGGUGGAGGCUCUGAUGUUCAAGUUGCUGCACGUGAGAGGAAAAUCGACACUGCAGAUUUUACUGGACUGUCACCCCAGCAUGCCUUGGCCACCAUGACUUCCGCGACAGUUGUGACGGUCAACUAUCGCCUAGGCGAGGUAGCGGACGCGGUCAGUUGGGAUGAAGAAGCCGCCCCAAAUACCCCCGAAAAACUUCCAUUAUCUGCUCCAGAACCACCCACAAAAGGGGCUCAAUCAUCGUACUUCACAUACCCAACCCCAAUCCACGAUACCCUCGCGGCAUUCGACUGGAUCCAGACUCACCUCCAACCCGCCCAACUAGGAGUCGUCGGCACUCACAUCGGCGGUUCCCUAGCUAUCAUGCUCGCCCUAACAGAAGCACAAUCUGUGAAAGCCGUCGCUGCCAUCGACCCAAUCUGUGACUGGCCAGGACUCGACGAGUACUGCACCCCCGAGCCAAUCGGCCUUACCGAAAGCGCCGGCGCAACGAUAACCAGCCAAAGCCCAGCACGGCUUAUAAAGCCCAAACGCUCCUCCAAGAAAGGGGCUUCCCGCGCCACAGCACCCCCAGACCUUGUCUCCCUCCUCCGUGCCCGCGAAGCACUCUUCGCAUCCCCUGAGCGCUACUUCGACGCCUUCGCCUCGCCGAUCCUGUUCCUCCGCUCUGCGGGCUGCGACGUACCCCGAGCUUUCCCGCAGUACCUGACAGGCCCGGAGUACCCGGUGCCUGUGCUGAAGCGUACCCCGAAAGUCACGGCUGCGGAGCAGCACGAUGCGCCGGAUGGGUCCCUCUGGAACCGGGAUAUCUACCCUGCCGCUGACGCGGAGGACGCUGACCUGGGCGAGGUGACUGUUGUUCGGCGCCGGAAGGCGCUGUCGCGGUGGCCACCGUUUGGGCUGGAUUAUGGGUCUGGUGGGGGUAGUUGGUCGGGGGGUGGAACUGGGGUGCAGAGGUUGCAAGUUACGUUGCCGUGGGUGAGGAUUUUUGCCGAGGGAGAGACUGUUCUUGCGGACCAGGGGGGAGGAGAUGGUGUCUGUUUUGCGGCGGGCGGCUUUGGCGAGCGGAGAGUCACUUUUGAGCGAGUGACGGGGAAUGAGCCUUCGGGGAAGGAGGUGGGAGGUUGGAUUGGGGGUAUUUUUGCUGGGUCAAUCCGGGACGACUGA